GCAUCUCCCAAUCUCCCAUCAAUUUUGUUUCUUGUACACACAAUGUAUACACACUACUACACGCUAUAAAAGUGUUUUAUUUUUUACCCUCCGAUCUUUUACCCUUUCUAUUCCCGCUCUAUUCUCUCCGGCCUCUUCUCUCCCUUCUCCGCCUUUUUUUCGUUUCUUCCUUUUCCUACUCCAUAUUUCUUUUCUUCUCACUCGUUUUCCUUUCUUUCUUCUGCACUCCACUCAGCCACCAACGCAACUUCUACGACCUACUGCACACCCGUUUGCUCUUCCAGUAAUGGCUCCAAACCUUAACUCCUUAUGUAUUCACUUCAAGAUGAUGAAUGACUUAAAAUGUAAGGCUGAAAAAGUGUCCAAGCGGAUGCUAAUUCAUUUACAAAUAUGAUACCGUGUGUGACUUCUUUUGCAAUGGAGAAACAAAUGCAAGGAUGCUGAAGUAUAUAGUGUUGGGGAAAUGUGCCUGUUUUGAACUUGUGAUUUUUUGAACAUGUAUUUUUUUCAUAUUACAGUUGGGAAAAUGUG